AUGAAGCUUGGCUUCGACUCGAACGUCGUCGCCACCAUGUCACAAUUCCAACUCGAACAAUCCUCUGUGAUCAAGACGGCACCACCGGGCCGUCAGCUCGAAUUUUCGCCCAAGAAUGAACCGAUCGAUCUGGCGCCGUUGACGCAAUCAAAUCUGCAGGACCUGUCGAAAAUGCAACCGAUCGACCUGAACUACUACAACACGAACUAUCAGCGAGCCUACGAAUAUGCGGCAAUCGGUCUCGGCGGGCAUAAUCAGUCCUCACUAAUACCGGCUCCAUCCACUGCAGGUCAACUCUACUAUGGUUUCCCGAACGGUGUUGUACAACAGGACUGGGGUCGACCUAUGGACACCUACACGGCUUAUCCCCGAGCCACCACUUUGCAGUACAAUCCGCAAGACGCCAGCGGCACGACGACGGCUGCUCAAGAGCAGCGAAGCGUCUACAAAAGCGUCGACAUGCCAAGUCCGGUUGAUUCAGGCAUUGGAGCCGAUUUGUCGAUGAUCACCGGCACCAAAGAAGAAUUCUUUCAAACCGACACGAUGCUUGAUCGAUCCGCCGAACGAGCGCUCAGUCACCGAGAUUCGCCGGUAGUGAUACCGAAAUUACAUAACCCGCUAGGUUUUCAAUAUGUACUGGAGGCACCGAUUUCGACUUCAGUACGAAAAGAAGAUGACCGAAUGACGUACGUCAACAAAGGCCAAUUCUAUACCGUAUCACUCGACUAUAUUCCCGAUAUCAACAAGCCGUUGAAGAGCGUCACCGUUAAGAGUCAAUUAAUGAUCGUAUUUCGAGAGGACAAGACCUAUGAGGAAGAGAUCAAGACGUGGCAAUUCUGGCAUAGCCGUCAGCAUUCGGCCAAACAACGAAUACUUGAGGUGGACAGCAAGAACAGUUCCGGUAUGAUCGGCCAAAUCGAGGAAAUCGCUCAUAACGCCGUUCAAUUCUACUGGAAUCCGUCCGAAAACGGUGUCAAGAUCAGCAUCGCCACCCAAUGCCUCUCGACGGAUUUCUCGAAUCAGAAAGGUGUCAAGGGUUUGCCGCUCCACGUCCAAAUCGACACCUACGACGGUGACAACGACAAACAACCCUUCCAUCGGGGUUACUGCCAGAUCAAAGUGUUCUGUGACAAGGGAGCUAAUCGGAAAAUGCUCCAUGAAAAUAGACGAGACGAGAAGAGACGCAUUCAAGGCGCCUUAUCUGGCCGAAAGAAGACUGACGGUGAAUAUCAUGAGCCAUGUGAACGAUCCGAGUUCUACCAUAUGCGAGAGUUGGAUAAGCCGGCUGCUUUGUUUAUCGCCCCAGACGAAUACGAUUCACGGUAUCUCGACGGCACAUCGAUCGGCUAUGACGGUCUCUCAGAUAUGGAACCGGUCGCGAAACGACCGAGACCUUCCGAGCGGAUAAUGCUCUACGUCAGAAAACGAGAUGAUCAGAUCUACACUCCACUACACGUCAUACCGCCUUCCUUGGAUGGCUUAGCACAAGCAGUUGCCCACAAAUUCGGGAUCGAUUCUCAAAAAAUCAGCGGUCUCUAUAAACGAUGUGCCAAAGGUGUUACGGUGAAGAUGGACGACGACAUGCUUCGACAUUACUGUAACGAGGACACGUUCAUCUUGGAUGUGGAAGCCGCCCCGGAAGACUCCACCUGCUUUGCCGCCACUCUUGUCGAAAUUAUGCCGCCACAGUAUCAGUCGAGUUCCGGUUAG